CGCAUGAUUUUCAUUUUGCCGAAAGAAGAAACUUUGCACCGGGAUAAAUAUCAACAAGUAAACUUAAAUCGGGACAUUCCGUCCUUUAAGCAGACUUGGUGCAGUAAGAAAUAAAGACAGCAAAAUGGCUAGUGUCUCGUAUCACAUUGCAAACCUGCUGGAGAAGAUGACCUCCAAUGACAAAGAUUUUCGAUUCAUGGCAACAAAUGAUUUGAUGACAGAGCUUCAGAAGGAUUCCAUUAAGCUGGAUGAUGACAGUGAAAGAAAGGUUGUUAGAAUGUUACUAAAGCUACUGGAGGACAAAAAUGGAGAAGUUCAGAACCUGGCUGUAAAAUGUCUUGGUCCAUUGGUGAACAAAGUAAAGGAGUUUCAGGUGGAGACAAUUGUGGACACACUGUGUAGUAACAUGAUUUCUGACAAAGAACAACUCAGAGACAUUUCCAGCAUUGGUUUAAAGACUGUGAUAAGUGAGUUACCUCCAUCUUCCACUGCUCUGGCGGCCAGCAUCUGUAAGAAAAUCACAGGACGACUGACCAGUGCCAUAGCAAAGCAAGAAGAUGUUUCUGUUCAGUUAGAAGCUUUGGAUAUCCUUGGAGAUCUUCUCAGCAGAUUUGGAGGCUUGUUGAUCAGUUUUCAUCCUAGCAUCAUGCAGUCCUUACUGCCACAAUUAGCCAGUCCAAGAUUGGCAGUCAGAAAAAGGGCCAUUAUUGCUAUUGGUUAUUUGGUGAUGAGCUGUAAUUACACAUUAUUUAAUGAGCUGAUUGAGUUUCUCUUGACUGAGCUGAUCAAGAACUCUUCGACGUCCACCACUAGGACUUACAUACAGUGUGUUGGAGCUAUCAGUCGACAGGCAGGUCAUCGUUUUGGGGAGCACUUGGAGAAGAUGGUUCCUCCCAUUGUAAAGUUUUGUAAGGAGGAGGAUGAUGAACUAAGGGAAUACUGUCUGCAGGCAUUUGAGUCAUUUGUACGAAGAUGUCCUAAAGAAAUAUCUCCAUUUGUUCAGGAGAUAAUCAAGAUCUGCUUGAAAUAUAUUUGCCAUGACCCAAACUAUAACUACGAUGAUGAUGAUGAUGAUGCCAUGGAAACAGAAGGCGAUGAUGAGGACGAAGAGGAGGAAGAUGAAGAAUACAGCGAUGAUGAUGACAUGAGUUGGAAGGUCAGGCGAGCGGCUGCCAAAUGUCUGGAUGCAGUGAUAGGAACCCGACACGAGAUGUUAAUGGAGUUCUACAGGACUGUGUCACCAGCACUUAUAGCAAGGUUUAAAGAGAGAGAAGAGAAUGUAAAGGCAGACAUAUUCCAUGCCUUUGUGACAUUACUGAGACAAACACGACCGUCCAUCUCAGCUGACCCUGAUGCAAUGGAACAGGAUGGAGGGCCAGUGUCUAUGCUACAGACACAGAUACCUGACAUCAUAAAGGCGAUUCACAAACAGCUGAGAGAGAAGAGCGUCAAGACGAGGCAGGGCUGCUUUAGUCUCCUGACGGAACUUGUACUGGUUCUCCCUGGGGCACUAGCCAAACACUUUGAUCAACUUGUACCCGGCAUAAUAUACUCACUUGGGGACAAGAAUUCCAGUUCUAACAUGAAGAUAGACACCCUUUCUUUCCUAAACACUAUUCUGAUUCACCACCAACCUUCAGUUUUUCUCCCCCACAUAAGAAUUCUCGUACCGCCCAUUGUCCAUGCUGUAUCAGAUCCAUUCUACAAAAUCACUUCAGAAGCACUUCUUGUGACACAACAGCUAGUCAAAGUGAUCAGACCUCUAGAGAACCCUGUCCAGUUUAACCACAAGCCCUUUGUUCCGGAGCUGUACCAGUGUACAUUAAAACGACUGAGGGCCGCAGACAUAGACCAGGAGGUCAAGGAGAGGGCAAUCUCAUGCAUGGGACAAAUAAUCCGUAAUAUGGGUGACAGCUUAACUACUGAGCUUAAAGAGUGUCUACCCAUCUUCCUUGAGCGAUUAAAGAAUGAAAUAACAAGACUGACAGCAGUUAAAGCUCUCACAAUGAUAGCAGGAUCACCUUUAAAGAUAGAUUUAAAACCAAUAUUGGAGGAGGGAAUACCAGUGUUAGCGUCUUUCCUUAGAAAGAACCAGAGAGCUCUUAAACUCAGUACCUUGACAUGUUUAGAUGUUUUGGUCAAAUGUUAUGGGGCUUCUCUGUCAGCCAGUAUGAUUUAUGAAGUGAUGAAUGAAAUGCCACCCCUUAUUAAUGAGAAUGAUCUCCAUGUUUCUCAGCUGACUUUGAACUUGUUGACGUCAAUUUCUAAGACCCACAAAUCCUGUAUGGCCAGUCUGCCCAAUGAGAUUCUGCCCCAGAUUCUCUUACUUAUCCAGUCCCCCCUACUUCAGGGAGGGGCCCUCACGGCACUACUGGAGCUGUUCCAAGCACUGGUGGCCACUGGGUUACCCAAACAUGGCUUCAGAGAUUUCCUACAGCUGUUAAUUACACCUAUAUACAAUCCAACAUCCACGACAAACAUGGGGUUUGCUGUCCAUAAACAGGCUUUCCACUCUAUAGCUAAAUGUGUGGCUGCUCUAACUAUGAAAUGUCCAGGAGAAGUAAAUAAUGUAGUGACACAAUUUGUCAAAGAUGUCAAAAAUCCUAAAUCUACAGACUCCAUUAGGUUCUUUGCUCUUCUAGCUCUUGGAGAAAUUGGAAAACAUAUAGACCUGAGUGGACAUGGUGAGAUACAGGCUGUGAUACUGGAAUCUUUCUCUUCACACAAUGAAGAAGUUAAGGCCGCUGCAUCGUAUGCCUUAGGAAACGUCAGUGUUGGAAAUCUACCAAAAUUUUUACCAUUUGUUUUAAAAGAAAUAGAAAAUCAACCAAAGAGGCAAUAUCUCCUUCUCCACUCCUUGAAAGAGAUAAUCAGCUGUGAGUCCACCUCAACAGCUGGAGUAGACAAUCUCAAGCCCUAUGUAUCCUCUGUAUGGUCAAUGUUGUUUAAUCACUGUGAAUGUCCGGAGGAGGGUACCAGAAAUGUUGUUUCUGAGUGUUUAGGAAAACUGACCUUGAUUGACCCAGCUAAUCUUCUCACCAACCUUAAGAAUCAUCUGAGUUCUUCAUCAGCUCUGACCAGGAGUACAGUAGUCACAGCGAUCAAAUUCACCAUAUCUGAUCAGCCACAAGGAAUAGACAACUUAUUACGUAACUGUAUAGGAGAUUUUCUCAAGACUUUACAAGACCCAGAUUUAAAUGUACGACGUGUUGCUUUAGUGACGUUUAAUUCUGCGGCUCACAACAAGCCAUCACUUAUCAGAGAUUUGCUGGAUAAAGUUCUCCCUCAUCUCUACAAUGAAACCAAAGUCAGGAAAGAGCUGAUCCGUGAAGUAGAGAUGGGUCCAUUUAAACACACACUAGAUGAUGGACUAGACAUCAGAAAGGCUGCUUUUGAGUGUAUGUACACACUCCUGGAUUCCUGCCUAGACAGAUUAGACAUUUUUGAGUUUUUGAAUCAUGUUGAGGAUGGUCUAAAGGAUCACUAUGAUAUCAAGAUGUUAACCUAUUUAAUGCUGGUCAGACUGGCUCAUCUCUGUCCCAGUGCUGUACUACAAAGACUAGACAGACUGGUAGAGCCACUUAGAGCCACCUGUACCACUAAAGUGAAGGCACACUCUGUCAAACAGGAAUUUGAGAAACAGGACGAAUUAAAACGGUCAGCCAUGAGAGCUGUAGCUUCACUGCUUGCUAUCCCUGACGCAGACAAAAGUCCACAGAUGAAUGAAUUCUUAUCUCAAAUCAAGCAAAGUACGGAGUUGGCGGCCAUGUUUGAGAGUAUUCAGAAGGACGCCCAGUCGUCGUCUACGGAUAUAAUGAUGAUGGACACCAGCUGAGUCACACAAACUCUUUAUAGACAACCUCUGUCUUGUAAUUAGUGGCAAAAACGGAAAACAAGUGCUACAAUAUGUAUAUGAAAGUGCUGUACUUUUUCUGGAUUUUUAAAAAAAAUUUGAAUUAAAAAGCUUGAAGAAAUCUUACACUCCUGAUAAAACUGCAAAAUUUUGUUGCUGUAUGUUGAAUACCCUUUGUUUCUGAUUUUUUUUUUUCAAAAGAACUUGAAUAUUUUGUUGCAUCAAUGAUCUCUGGAAACUAAAUCUUGUAUUGAUGACUUUUUAUCAUCAAACCUUAGUCUUGACUUCAGAUUGUAUCAAAUGACCUUUUUUAUUUAAUUAAGAUAUGCUAAAAGUACAGUAUUGUGUAAUAGAUUAAAAUUCUAUGUUUUA